AUGGCGGCUGAGUCGGGAGAAUACGGAUCGGACUGGGUGUUCUGGUUUUUGGCGCCGCCGCGGCACCGGCCGUUAGGCGCAGAUUCCCCGGCGUUGUCGGACCUCAGGACACAGUGGAAUGACGAAGUUUCGACCUUCUGUUGGGCGCGUACAGUGUCGGAAGUAUCGCCGGUGAGAGUCGGAGGUGAAAACGGUGACAAAAAUAGCACCGAUGACUGUCGGAGGUGGAAGUCGGCCGUGACUGAGCUAGCGAGCUUUGUGCUGUUGGUCGUGCACGGUGUCGAAAGUGUGGUCGGUGGGAGUCGGCAGUGA